AUGACUCUAAGUGAACUUGAUGUUGACACCAAUGGUCUGGUACCACAGUGGAUGACUGCCUUUGGUUCUAAUGAUAUCUGGGCCGCUGAGUGGAUGAAGAUCCACUCGACCAUUUGUGACGAGGAGUGUCACCAGCAACACUGCUCCUGCUCCUUCUCUCCAGAGAGUACCCUCUUCGUCAAGUACUGCACAGGGAUCUCCAAGGAGGCACCUCCUCUGUAUCAAACCUUGUCCCUCCUGUCUUUCCUGAGCUGUGUCAACUUCAUCAACACUGCUCCUCUUCUUCAUGUCCCUUUCGCCAGUGUCCUAUACACAGAUCUCCUUCCUUUGACCAGCGACGGUUCUCUUCUACUCCUGUCCUGUGGGCCCCUGAGUGACAUCCUUACUACUGAUCUCUGUGGAAUCUGCCACACGUUCUCGCUUGCUGCAGAUUCUGGUGGGAUUCGUGAUAUCGACGAUGCUCAUGCUGAUUACACUGUGGUCUGCCAUAGAGCUGAUUCUACUGCCGAUCUUGGUGAACUCUGCUGCAACUCCUACAAUCUACCCGAUUCCACGAUUCCUGCGCUACCUUCAUAUGAACUUCGGUCUUUCCUCGUUCUGCGCACCCAGGCCCAUGACAGAGGAGCAGUGUCGAAGGAGUCGACACAGCUCAAGAGGCACAGGGGUGCCAAGCAAGCAGGAGAGGCCCCCUGA